AUGUUCAAGUCGAAUCGGUUACUAAUUUUGAUAUGCUGCACGUUAUGCACUAACGUCAGAGCCACAACAGUACGGCCUGCUGCACGCCGUGCCCAGAUACAGGAUGAUGUUCAGCUGCUGCACCCUCAUAUUAUCACAAUUGAGCGCUUGGAGAAUCUAUUGAGACGUGCGGGCGAAAUCUUCGCCUCUGGUCCAGAGAACGGAGCGGUGGCUCUUGUAUCACAACAAGAACAAACGCAGCCCAAAGAGCAUAUGUUGCCACCCACAGAUCAACCCUAUAACUUUUACCUGCCGCUAUUCGACUACGUCGAUCCCAAACUCGAUGCCAAAAGUCGUCAUAUGGAGAAAAUAGUCCCGCCACCGCACCCGUCCCAGCAGGAGCAAAACUUCUAUGCCGCUAAGCCAAAGAAGACUCCGAAAAAGUUCAAUGCCGCCGCAAAGCACGUCAACCUGAAGUGGUUAAACACAUAUGAGAAGGCCAUGGGUGGUGCUGCACCCAAGGCUAUAUACUUAGAGCAGGACGAGCGCAAUCGCAUCAAUUUUGAUGACUCCUUCUUUGCUGUUGAUAUGCAGGUCAAGAUUCCCGACAAUCAACCUCACAGGGAGCAGUUAUCUAGCGGACUGUUGCAACAUGGUGAAGAGUUUCCCGACGAGGAUUUAAUGGCCGCACCUGCGCAGAUCAGUUAUAAUUAUAAGGCUGCGCAGCGGGCCUAA